CAGCCUCCAUCCGCAUCAGUUCCCUCUCCCUGGUCGCCUGCCCCUCUCCCUGGUAGCAAAUACCGGGCAAGAUGGGGAGAUGGUUAAGCUCCAGCUCUGUGUGUUUGAAAGGACUCCUGGAGGAAGGUGUUUUCCAGCCCGCUUGGCCAGAGAGAGUGAACAAAGGGUUAGCUAUCCGGUAGAAUGAACCCUACACGAUCAGAGCAGAGCGACAGGCCUGGGUUUGAGCCCGGGUUUGCCCUCUAACGCACAGUGUGACCUCAGCGAGAUCCUGCCCUCCCGGGACCCAAAUGUCCUCCUACGUAAAGCGCGACGAAUGGCCCGAGGCGACCCUCAGGUUCCUUCCACCUGAACAGCUCCGUCUCCGGGGUGGGGGUGGGGGUGGGGGGGGUGUCUGGUCACGUGGCUGGCGGGGAGGGAUGCUGCUUGACGCGGUGCCCAGUGCGGACCUACCAGCCGGCUCCGGGUCCAGCCUCCUGCUCUGACGUCCUCGAGCCGUCUUCCAUCCCCGCCUCUCCGGCGGCGGGAGAGCGGCUGGCUCGCCCGGAUCCCAGGCCGGGGAGGUGCACAGCGGCGGGACCGAGCCCCGCGCGCGGAGCGGCCACCAUGGUGCUGUCGGUGCCGGUGAUCGCGCUGGGCGCCACGCUGGGGACGGCCACCAGCAUCCUCGCGCUGUGCGGGGUCACCUGCCUGUGCCGGCACAUGCACCCCAAGAAGGGGGUGCUGCAGCGGGACCAGGACCCCGAUCCGGAGAAGGCGAGGCCCGGCGUGCUCGGGUCCGCCCAACAGUUCAAUGUCAAAAAGUCCACGGAGCCCGUCCAGCCCCGAGCACUCCUCAAGUUCCCAGACAUCUACGGACCCAGGCCGGCUGUGACGGCCCCGGAGGUCAUCAACUACGCAGACUAUACGCUGAGGACCACGGCGGAGCCCGCUGCACCUGCCAGCCCCCAGGCCCCAAAUGACAGCCGCCUCAAGAGGCAGGUCACAGAGGAGCUGUUCGUCCUUCCUCAGAAUGGUGUAGUGGAGGAUGUUUGUGUCAUGGAAACCUGGAACCCAGAGAAGGCUGCCAGUUGGAACCAAGCCCCCAAACUUCACUACUGUCUGGACUAUGACCGGCAAAAGGCUGAACUGUUUGUGACUCGCCUGGAAGCUGUGACCAGUGACCAGGACGGAGGCUGUGACUGCUAUGUCCAGGGCAGCGUGGCCAACAGGCUGGGCUCCGUGGAGGCCCAGACGGCCCUGAAGAAGCGGCAGCUGCACACCGUGUGGGAGGAAGGCCUCGCGCUCCCCCUGGCGGAGGAGGAGCUCCGCACAGCGACCCUGACACUGACCCUGAGGACCUGUGACCGCUUCUCCCGCCACAGUGUGGCUGGGGAGCUGUGCCUGGGACUGGAUGGGGUGUCGGUGCCCCUGGGGGUCGCCCAGUGGGGAGAGCUGAAGACUUCAGUUAAGGAGCCGUCCGCAGGGACUGGGGAGGUCCUUCUAUCCAUCAGCUACCUCCCGGCUGCCAACCGCCUCCUCGUAGUACUGAUUAAAGCCAAGAACCUCCACUCUAACCAGUCCAAGGAGCUCCUGGGGAAGGAUGUCUCGGUCAAGGUGACCUUAAAGCACCAGGCUCGGAAGCUGAAGAAGAAGCAGACGAAACGAGCCAAGCACAAGAUCAACCCCGUGUGGAACGAGAUGAUCAUGUUUGAGCUGCCGGAUGACCUGCUGCGGGCCUCCAGCGUGGAGCUGGACGUGCUGGGCCAGAGCGCUGACGGGCAGAGCUGUGCGCUUGGGCACUGCAGCCUGGGCCUGCACGCCUCGGGCUCCGAGCGCAGCCACUGGGAGGAGAUGCUUAAGAACCCGCGCCGGCAGAUCGCCAUGUGGCACCAGCUGCACCUGUAGCCCAGGCCACCGCCCUCCUCCGGCACAGCCCGCCACUCCCUCCACCCCCGUCAGCCCCAGCUGUCCUCUGCACCCUCCUCUUGUGCCCCAUCCACGGUCUGACACCCGAAGACAGACUUAUGUGCAAAGACCAGGACCCUCCUCUUCCUCUCCCAUCACGCUCCCGUUUCUUAAAAACGAGCAGGGCAGGGCAGGAUGGAGAGGGGACAUUUGGGUCACUGAAGAAUAUAUUUGUCUCAUCUGGUUGUCGAAGAGACUCAUCAAAUACAGCCUGUGACAUGUUUUGGCAGUGGGCAUCAGGCUGGAUGCAGAGAAAGCCAAAUGUAGGGAAUUAAUGGAUGCAAAGAUGGUGGCUUUGUAAAAAUAAGCAGCUCAAAUGAUGACGGGAGUUGCCGUUGUGGCUCAGUGGAAGUGAAUCUGACUAGUAUCCACGAGGACACAGGCACUCCCUGGCCUCACUCAGUGGGUUAAGGAUCCGGUGAGCUGCGGUGCAGGUCGGCAGCUACAGCCUGGAACCUCCAUAUGCUGCAGGGGCGGCCCUAAAAACAACAACAAUGGUGACAGAAAUAAAGUAUCCUGGAUCCUAAGAAUUAGAGAUUGUCAGGGCAGGAUGGAGUCUCCACCAGCAUCAAAUCAUGCUGCUGAUCCAAGGCACGAACCCAGCAGUUCUUAAACCUUAGUGUGUGAAGAAUCACCAGCAGAUUCCUAGGCCCUGCUUGAGAGGUUCCAAAUCCAUCUUCCUGGUUGAACCCCAGGAGCCUGAUUUUUAAUAAGCACUGAGUGGCUUGGAUGCUGAGGUUGAAGUACUGCGCUUGGAGAAAUCCCUUUUCCAACAUUCCAGGCAGGGUCCCUCGUCCUCCUCGGGCCAAACACCCUGGGGUGGCCAGUGGCCACGCUGGACAUCUCAGCCGUCAGUGUGAAAUACGGGAGCCUGUGUUCGUUAUUUAAUGAUUUGAAUUCCUAACAUCUUUCUUUGCGCUUCUCAGAUCCUGCUCUUGGACUGAACGUUGUGCUUCCUAUUGAAUAAUUGUACUGUUUCAUCUCAAAAUCCGUUUUUGCCAUUUGAAGGCCCUCCUUCACCAGGGAGAGGUAGGCUCCACCGUGAACUAAUUGAGCGCUAGUUGUCACACCCACCAGCAUCACCAAAGUGACCCUCUGAGUCAGACCCAUCCCUUCUCAGCACACCAGCCACUUGAGGUGGAAUUUGAUUUGGAGCACAUAUGAAUUUAGUCUGGCCCCGUGGAGGUGGAGAAGGAAACGAAGUCUUUUGCAAAUGUGCCCUCUCUUUUUAGGGCCUAUCACUUUCAUCAGUAAAUAACCAGCUGCUAGGUUUCAGAACACGACCUUAUCAUUCCAAGAGCUGGUCAUAUCACGAAUAAUAUCAUGAGCCUUGCUGAGUGGCUGUAAUAUCUGCCUGGGAACCGGGGUUCCUGGGUUCUCUUGUUGACCAUCCGUAAAAUAGGACUAAUGACACUAAUGCAGGUGGCACCUUCUCUGAACGAUUCUGCAGAUGAACUCGUACUCAAGAGCUGUAGAUGCCCCCUGGCUAGGAACAAACUCCGAGGCCACCAGCUUGAUCUUUAAGCUUCAUACUGGCAGUUGACCAUGCCUGGAAGUGCCAGAACGAUCCCAGGCAUUUCCAGAACCAUCGGUUCGGCAUUUGGACCCUUCAUGACCGACAUCUAAACUCUGGGCCUUCAGGUGUCCCCCCCGCCCCUGGACCUAAAAAAAGAAUUUCUUUCCUUCAGUCAAGUCAUUCUUGGCCUCGCCCUGAGAAUCUGAGCAAGGACGUAUCACCUCUUGUCAUUAUUUUCCCAUUCUGGACAAAAGUAGAAAAGCAUUUAGAGAUAACUUCCACUCAUCCCCUGAAGAAACAGAAAAAAAAUAGUGACUCCCUCUUAAAUGGGAAAAUCAUUCAGAUAAUUGGAAAUCUCACCCGUUAAGGCUGCCCACUUCCUGCCAAGUUUUAUUUUUUAGGCAAGGCCUUCAUUAGUGGUUUCCUACAAGAGGUUUUGGCAUUUCCCCCUUUAGCACUCUGGCCCCCCUGUUUUGGGGGUCGGCGUGCUCAAACAGAGCAAAACUCUCCCUAUGGAAGCUGACUGCUACUCGUGCUUGCUGACAUCUCACACUCCAAUCUAGAAAAGUCUGGAUUCCAGAUUUAAAGUCAGGAAACGUGGGUUCCGCUUCCUUCUAAGUCCAUGUACCUGCCUUACUGUCCACCAAAGGAUGCUUGAGGUGAGCUGAUUGCACCCCUGGUUCCAGAAUAUCAACUCUACCCACGGUCAUUCUAUCUGAGGCAUUCAUUUCUUUGGAUCUCAAAGGUUUCCUUUUCCAGAAUCCAAACUAAAGGUGGCCCCUAAAGGUAUCGCCGCUUAACAUCCUAGGUGCCUGCCAUCACCUCGGCAAGCUUGUACUGAAAUGAAACAGGUUUUGCAAGGGGUCUGCCUGUUGUGUUACUGGUAUAUUCGAGUGCCUAGAACAAAGCUGGUUCAUGGGCCCUCUGUAUAUAUUUGUUGGAUGAAUUAAAAUGAAGGACAGACAGGAGAGCAGGCAGAAGAAGACCUAUUUUUAUGUAAGUGGCAUAAGAACCAGAGUCCUAGCUGAGUUCUCAAUGGUCAAGUCAUCAGACAUCUCAGCAGUCAGUCUAGAAAUUCAUGAGACUGUGUGUGACCAUUCACCUGAUGGCAAUUUAUAGCUCGCUGUUAAGUGUAAUUAAUGAUAGACAGGAACAUAAAAGCUGUGCUUUUCCACCAAAACUCCAUCUCAGUGAAUUUUAAAUCACCCAGAGGUAUCAGACUGCCAGAUGAAAAACCUUCAGUCAUCUUUGCAUCAGCUUACUUUGUACCAGAUGCAUUUGCAAAUUACUGCCAAAUUAGAGUAAUUGAGUCUAUGUGAAUGCAUCAGUUUUUUUUUUUUUUUUGAAAGGAACACUUUGUCCUUUGCCAGGGGGCAUUUUCUAAGAAGGGCAUGAAGCAGAGGUGAAAAUAAAAUGGGAAACGAUCUCAGACUGGGCUGUUGCCCACAGCGUUGACCUGGCUCUGUCUCGCGAUAUGAUGAUGGGAGAGAGUCUGAUCUCAUUUAUCUGUGACUCACUUCUUGUGUCAAACUAAUAAAUCAUCGUUGAGCGCCUAUUGGUGAAGAUCUUGCACACGUCUGUCCAUUUCAACCUGAGCUAUGACUCUUAUCCAGACUGAGUGGCAAAUCGCCCUAAAGGAUGCUGUGUAGAGAGAGCAAGAUGGGAGAGCAGCUCUUUCAGGGCAAUUCCUUCAGGCUUUAAAGGAGUCUUGGACAGCUGGGGGCUGCAGCUUACGUCGAAUGGAGGUGAGGACCACCCAGAAGAGAGAGUUAGUCCUUGUGAUUUGUUUUUGCUGCCCGUGUUUCCUGUUGUCCAUGCCAAGUGUGUGUCUGUUUUACAAUCAUGAACCGAAGCACAAAAAGACGCAUGAGACAUUGUAGUCAUAUGUCUGGUGUCACACUCUGGAAAUCUUGCAGUGGUAAAUAAAUAAUUUCCAACAGGGUCACC